GAACCGUAGUGAUUGGCUGACAGGAGGAGCCAGCAAGUGUGGCUGCGCACCGGGGUGUGUGGACGUCGCUUUGUUGCCCGAGGGGGGCGGCGGUGGAAGUUAAGAGGAUCGGGGGCUAGCGCUUCUCGGGACCCGCAGUCGCGACCACUGCAGUCACUUCGCUCGGCAGCCUUUAACGUAGGAGUCGUGCUGACAACAGCCAUGAGCGGCGGCGUGUACGGGGGAGAUGAAGUUGGAGCCCUUGUUUUUGACAUUGGGUCCUAUACUGUAAGAGCUGGUUAUGCUGGUGAGGACUGCCCCAAGGUGGAUUUCCCCACAGCCAUUGGUAUGGUGGUAGAAAGAGAUGAUGGAAGCACAUUGAUGGAAAUAGAUGGUGAUAAAGGCAAACAAGGCGGUCCCACCUACUACAUAGAUACUAAUGCCCUGCGUGUUCCGAGGGAGAAUAUGGAAGCCAUUUCACCACUAAAAAAUGGGAUGGCUCUUCUUAAGUGGAAUACUAGAGCGAAGAGAGAGAAACUAACAGAGUUAAUGUUUGAACACUACAACAUCCCUGCAUUCUUCCUAUGUAAAACUGCAGUUUUGACAGCAUUUGCUAAUGGUCGUUCUACUGGGCUGAUUUUGGACAGUGGAGCCACUCAUACCACUGCAAUUCCAGUCCAUGAUGGAUAUGUCCUUCAACAAGGCAUUGUGAAAUCCCCUCUUGCUGGAGACUUUAUUACUAUGCAAUGUAGAGAACUCUUCCAAGAAAUGAAUAUAGAAUUGAUUCCUCCAUAUAUGAUUGCAUCAAAAGAAGCUGUUCGUGAAGGAUCUCCAGCUAACUGGAAAAGAAAAGAGAAGUUGCCACAGGUCACCAGAUCUUGGCACAAUUACAUGUGUAAUGGUCUCUAUGGCAGUGUGAUAGUGGCAGGAGGAAACACACUAAUACAGAGUUUUACUGAUAGGUUGAAUAGAGAGCUGUCUCAGAAAACUCCCCCAAGUAUGCGGUUGAAAUUGAUUGCAAAUAAUACAACAGUGGAACGGAGAUUUAGUUCAUGGAUUGGCGGCUCUAUUCUAGCAUCUUUGGGCACCUUUCAACAGAUGUGGAUUUCCAAACAAGAAUACGAAGAAGGAGGGAAGCAGUGUGUAGAAAGGAAAUGCCCUUGAGAAAGAGUUCCCAAGCCUCUACCUUCCUUUGUCACCUUACGUUUCAUAGCUUUAGUAUACUCAGGAAAAGAAUGACCAUCUUUUGUAGAAUGUUUAUACAUUUUUGCAUAUUUCAAGUUCCACUUAAAUUUUUUAAGGGUUUAACUGCCUCUAUAAAUUAAAAUAAGUUUGUGCUUUCCUUGAAAUGCACUUAUUCUUAUUGCAAGCAUUUUAUAAUUUUGUAUAAAUGUCUAUUUUCUCUAAAUAUUUUGCUUUCAGUAAAAUGCUUUCCAACUCUGUUUAGUAUAUUAAUUACCAGUGGAUUGGUAGAAUUGCUUUUCACUGACUAGUAAAAGUUUCUGCCUAUGCUUUUUAUCUUAGGCUUACAAAAUUAAAUAAAAAUUACUAGCCAUUCCAGAAAUA